AUGCCAUCAUCGAGAGGUGGUCUCUCCAGGCAGCGUCGAGACGCGCCUCAGUCUCCGCAGAAAUCGCAGCCUGCGGCCAACUCACCACGGCCGACGCGUCGAUCCACUAGAUCGGCAAGUCGUGACCGAGAAGUACCAUCUAGUGCACCGCCAGCCCAGGAACUCGAUGCAGUGAUAGAAGAGGAGGUUUCCGAUGAGAAUGGAAACCGUGAACCCUCCGUUGGCCAGUCUGACAGUGACAUUUCUGCCACAACAAACAGCGAACUCCAGAGUUUGGAUGCCGAGCUGAUCAUCGACUGUUUGCCUUCGUUGUGCGACGACUCAACGAAGAUACUGAAUUUAUUCCGCGGAGUUGACGGGCCUACGCUUGCACAACUAUCUGAGAGCAUUCAUGAUCCUUCAACGACCGCAUGCAAGCGUUUCGAACUGCACGUCAAUAGAUAUGGAGUCAGCGCUAGCGCCUUCGGCACAACGAAUCGAUUGUUUCUUAAUUCCGAGAUGAUUGUCCUGAGACUGAAGGCCGACAAUGACGCAGUCGACAACGGAAGAUGGAGGCCAGACGCAGUGUUGUACCUCGCCAAUCUGGCUUUUUUCUUGGCGACCAUCGUUGGCGGCGGUGAUGAACAGAUCGACGUGGCUCUGCGGCGAUCCUAUCCGGUGUUCCCGUCGCUUUUCACGUCGAUAGAUCCCUCCAGCCGCUUUGCCACUAAGCUCAUCGAAGAAACUGUCGACUAUGGCAACAAGCUCCGGACACAAGUGUUCAUCAAGCAUGCCCGAGAAAACAUGGAUCAGCCCAACUUCGACCCGGACGAUAUCCUCAGACAAGUCUUUUACAGCAGUGACUCUGGCUUAGGUGGCCUCGACUUCACUGGCGACCGAUUUACACAAUGUGCCGAGCAAGUCAAUAGCCAUAUUCGACAGCUCCGUACUUUUAUUACUCAAGAUAGCACCACGCCAAUUCGCCUUGAAGAGCUAGAAGCGCAAUACACUUGGCCUGAGUUCAUGUUUCAGACGCAACAGUGGGUCAUGGCCCGGAGGCAAGAGCUGGAGGCGUCCCUGGGCGCCCAAGACGGCGUUGCUGAUAUCGUGGAUCAUCUACAACGCGGCGAACUCACUUUAGAGUACCCAGAAAGUUCCCACAUCGUCUCCUCGCCAGCUAGAACCCGCGAGACGCACGGUACGACGGCUGCGACCGGUCAACUGGUCAAGAGUCUUCAGUGGAUGAAAGCCCAUAACGCCCAGCUUUCUGGCCUGCCCAUGACCGACGUCGAUUCUCAAUCGCAAUCUGCGCAAGGCGAAAUCGCCGAGUCUGUCGCAGAUGACAAUAUGGCCAACUUCGGUCCAGAUAUGGUCAUCAAUGAUCAAGAUUUGCAACUUGCAAACAUGCUCACCAGCCAGUUCGAGGCCGAGAGGGCGGCGACUCAGUCGCAACAAAUCAUGGCUCAACUCGCUGUGCAAGCUGAAGAGGCGAAUAAGGAGAAUCGUGGUCCUAUUGCUGCCAACCUGCCUGCGGCCAACCCCGCGCCGCGCUUUACCGACCGGCAAGAAGGUGCACAACGUAUACCAUGGGAAGAGGCGACGCAACCUCGAGACCACAACGGCAAGCGUGCUGCCGCGGAUUCAGAUGAUGACGAAGACGAUUUCGUGACGGACGCUCGUCCACAAGCCAAGCGUUCACACAUGGAAGACAACACUCUUGACCCUCGUCUUCGGCACAACCCAACUUCUACAAUAGAAAUGGAAGAGGUCGGCACUUCCCAGCCCAACCUUCCCCCUUCUGCACAACCUCGGCCUCUAUCGGGUCGCGGCGGCAACAAGACUGGGGUGGUGGCGGCCCUGCCUGCAUCCUCGGGCGUAACAGCAACACAGCGAUCUCCUGUCUCGUCGGCUGGACCGAGCACUUCGACCGAUGCCGUGCGACCUCAAUCGCAAGCCAGCGAUGUUGAUGUGAGCGCCUCUCAGAGCUAUCGCCUAGUCCAAGAGAGAGCCAAGGUGGCAACGCGCGAACUUAAACACCGGCAAGCGCUGCCUUUGAUCACUGAAGGUCUACCUGGAGAGAGCACUCAAGGUCCCGCUUCCCCAGCAUCGCAACCUGCUGCGACGUACCAAGAGCGCAAAGCAUGGACAAUGCAGGAAGAGACGGCACUGAUUGACUUUAUCGGUGUAUAUGGGCCGGCGUACAGCAAGAUCCUCAAGGCGGAUAACGAGGAGCCGGUCAAGUAUUUGCAGCACCGUGGACAGGUGCAGCUCAAAGACAAGGCCAGGAAUAUCAAGUUUGCAUAUUUGAAGGCUGGGGACUCGCUGCCAGCUGGGUUUGGUGCAGUAAGCAUCGGAGCCAAGAUGGUAGCCAAGUUGAGAGAGAUGGGCAUCGAGGUUGAGGUUAGUGCAGGCGUUGAUCUGACCACGAGACUUAGAGACAAAUGCUAA